UUUCGUAACUCCUGCAGCGGUGCGCCUGACACAGAGCCCUGAAGAUGUUCCUGAUGCAGGCGCUGCUCGUGUCUCUGUGCCUGGGGCUUUCGCAAGGCUUGGGUUCCUUUGUGCACUGUGAACCUUGUGACGAGAAAGCCCUCUCCAUGUGCCCUCCCAGCCCUGUGGGCUGCGAGCUGGUGAAGGAGCCCGGUUGUGGAUGCUGCAUGACAUGCGCCUUGGCUGAAGGGCAGUCCUGUGGGGUGUACACAGAGCGAUGCGCCCAAGGAUUGCGCUGCCUGCCGCGCCAAGGCGAGGAGAAGCCCUUGCACGCCCUGCUCCAUGGCAGAGGGGUCUGCCUCAAUGAAAAGAGUUACAGAGAGCAAGCUAAGAAUGAAAGGGAAUCCCGGGAGCACGAAGAACCAACCACUUCUGAGAUGGCUGAGGAGACCUAUUCAUCCAAAAUGUACAGAAAUAAGGGGCUUGGGCGCUUCUCCGAGCUAAAGGUAGAGGCAUUGAAGAAAGACCGCAAGAAGAAGUUGACCUUAUCGAAGAUUGUGGGUGGGGCAGAAAACACUGCACACCCUCGAGUUGCUGCUCCAGAGCUAAGACCAGAAUUCGAAUUGGGCCCUUGCCGUCGGCAAAUGGAAGCCUCGUUACAGGAGCUCAAAUCUAGUCAGCGAAUGAUCCCUCGAGCUGUUCAUCUGCCCAACUGUGACAGGAAAGGUUUCUAUAAAAGGAAACAGUGCAAACCAUCUCGGGGCCGAAAACGUGGGCUGUGCUGGUGUGUGGACAAGUAUGGAUUGAAGCUGCCAGGAACUGAUUAUGUAGCUGGAGACCUGCAGUGUCACAACUUUGACAGCGGAAACACAGAAUGAAGAUCCCGGCUGCCUCUCUCUGCCAGAGCCCUUCCCCACCCAUCACCCACCCACACCUCACGAUGCCCCAAGAAACUGAUUCCUUUCAUCUCAUUUAAGAAACUGUGGACCUCGGAAUCUACAGAAUGUCAUCGGCUUCUCGGAGUGGCAAUGACAAGAGACUGAAGGAGAAAAGGCAACCCAUU